GAUUACUUUAGUUUCUUCUCUGGAUUUAUUGAGUGAUUAACUGGAAAUUAGCUGAAGAAAUGAAUUCGAUUAGUUUCCUAUCAAUAGUUGGUUUAAUCAGUUUUGGAUUCAUUGUUGCAGUAAAGUGUAAUGGUGAUGAAUAUUUCAUUGGAAAAUACAAAGAAAAAGAUGAGACAUUGUUUUUUGCAAGCUACGGCCUAAAGAGGGAUCCUUGCCAGAUUGUUUUAGGCUACAAAUGCUCAAACAAUCAAACCCACUUUGUGCUUAAUUUUAAAACCAAUAAGAAAUCCUGCAUAUCAGCAAUUAAGCUGACUUCUUACCCAAAAAUCAAUCAAAACUCGGAUUUAACUCGAAAUCUCUACUGCCAAACUGGAGGAAUUGGAACAGAUAACUGCAAACUUGUCUUCAAGAAAAAAAGGAAACAAAUAGCAGCUAAUAUUGAAAUCUACGGCAUUCCAGCGAAGAAAUGUUCCUUCAAGGAUCGCUACAUUGGAACUGAUCCACUCCACGUCGAUUCCUAUGGGCUUCCGUAUCAGUUUGAUAAAGAAAAUGGAUGGAAUUUGGAAAGAAAUAACAUUCUUAAAGACACAAGAUUUUCCACAGAAGUUUUCUACCACAAAAAUGGUUUAUUUAACACCCAAAUAACUUAUUUGGCUGAAGAAGAUUCCUUCUCUGAAGCUCGAGAGAUUACUGCGAAGGAUAUUAAGAAGAAGUUUUCAAUUAUUUUGCCCAAUGAAGAGUAUAAGAGGAUUAGUUUCUUGGACGUUUAUUGGUUCCAGGAGACUAUGCGAUCAAAGCCUAAAUAUCCCUACAUCCACUACAAUGGAGAAUGCAGCAAUGAGAAUAAAACUUGUGAAAUUAUCUUUGACACCGAUGAACUAAUGACCUACGCCCUUGUUAAAGUCUUUACUAAUCCUGAGAGUGAUGGAUCCAGGCUCAAAGAAAAGGAUUUGGGAAGAGGAUAAAUCUUCUUAAUAAAAAAAAGUUCUGUAAGAAAAUAUUCUUCAAUAAAUUACAAAAUAAAA